GGAUGUAGUCACUGGAAGUGAAACGUUUGACCUCAGUCGUGCAUGAGGUUGGCGGGCAACUCGUACAGUGUUGUAUUAGUUGUAUUUAUUUAACCUUUACAAUUUACUAAACUUGUAAACGACUUUUUUUAAGAAGAAGUCACGACGAGGCGGACUCUUUCCACCCGGCCCAGUCAUGCCGUCCAGCACUGGACCUAGCAGCCAUUCCGCUGCUCUCGCCGAGACGCUCGAAAGCUCAGCCCGGCUCAUCGACAGACACCUGCAGGAUGACCGCUGCUUCCCUGACCUGUCAGAGCUGCUCAGCGUCCCCUCACACAACAUACCGUCCCUCUCUGGAGUGUCGGACAUGGACUAUCCCCUCCAAGGACCGGGUUUGCUCAGCGUGCCCAACCUCCCAGAGCUCAGUGCAGUGCGUCGAGUCCCGCUACCUCCAGAACUGGUGGAGCAAUUCAGCCAUAUGCAGUUCAACUGCAUGAUGGGAGUCUUUCCUGAGAUUUCCCGAGCGUGGCUCACGAUUGAUAAUGAUAUUUUCAUGUGGAAUUAUGAAGACGGAGGAGAUGUAGCCUAUUUUGACGGCCUUAUUGAAACCAUUUUGGCAGUCGGUUUAGUCAAGCCAAAACAAGGGAUUUUACAGCCCCAUAUCCAUUACCUGCUUGUAUUGGCCACGUCUGUGGAUGUCGUCAUCCUGGGACUCAGCUUCCCAAAGGGGCAAGCUGGCUUAAACGACAGCAUGUCCGGCGGCAUGCAGCUACUGCCCGACCCCCUCUUCUCCAUCCCCACUGACAACACCUACAUCCUCUCCGUCACCUCCACCGAUCUGGGCCGCAUCUUCAUGGCAGGGAAGGAUGGCUGCCUUUACGAGAUUGCCUACCAGGCCGAGGCGGGCUGGCUGACUCAGCGCUGCCGAAAGAUUAACCACUCCAAGAGCUCACUGUCCUUCCUCGUCCCCUCAGUGCUACAGUUCUCCUUCUCAGAAGACGACCCAAUUGUGCAGAUUGCAGUGGACAACUCUCGCAACACACUCUUUACACGCUCUGAGAAAGGUGUCCUACAGGUGUAUGACCUGGGUGCUGAUGGACAGUGUAUGAGUCGCGUGGCCACAAUGUCCCAAAACAACAUUGUUGCAGCAGCUGGAAACAUCGCAAGGACGAUUGAUCGAUCUGUCUUCAAGCCCAUUGUCCAGAUCUCUGUGAUCAGCAGGUCUGAGUCUUCAGACUGCCACCUACUGGCUGUGACACAUGCAGGUGUGCGUCUCUACUUCAGCACAACACCUUUUUCCCCUCCCCAACAAAAGCACACCCCGGUUCGACCGUCCCUGCUGGCUUUGGUUCACGUUCGCCUGCCACCGGGGUUCUCUGCGUCCUCCACGCUGCAGAAACCUACCAAGGUCCAUAAGGCACUGCACAGUAAAGGUAUUCUGUUGAUGGCGGCUUCUGAGACUGAGGACAACGACCUUCUCUGGUGCAUCAACCACGACUCCUUCCCCUUCAAGAAACCGUUGAUGGAGACUCAGAUGAUGUCCAAUGUAGAUGGACACACAUGGGCCAUUUGUGCCAUUGACGAAGUGAGACCAGCCAAGAGUUGUACUCCACUGAACAAGGAUCUGAUCCCAGUCACCGAUUCACCUGUCGUGGUCCAGCAGCAUAACAUCCCCCCGCAGAAAUUUGUCCUCCUUUCUGCAAAGGGGAGUCACAUCUUCCAAAAGCUGCGGCCAGUGGAUCAGCUCCGUCACCUGCUGGUGAGCUGUGCUGGAGGAGAGAGCGAGGAGAUUGAGCGCUUUUUCAAACUGCACAGGGAGGAGCAGGCCUGCGCCACAGCCUUGAUCUUGGCUUGUUCCAACGCUGCUUGUGACAGAGAGGUCUCACAGUGGGCCACCAGAGCCUUCUUCAGAUAUGGAGGAGAAGCACAGAUGAGAUUUCCGUCAGCGAUGUCACCACCCAGCACUGUCGGACCCAUGAUGAGCUCUCCAGCACCAGGCAUUUUGCCCCCACCUUUAGCCACCCCUUUUGCACCAAUGCAUUCUGGGUCAGCUCCCAUCACUCCCAUGUCCGUUGGUCCAGAGGUGAUUUUCUCCGGGAAGCACAAUGGCAUCUGUGUCUACUUUGCCCGCGUUCUAGGAAACAUUUGGGAUGGCAGCCUUGCUGUGGAGAAAACAAUAAGCAAAGGAAGUCAGAGUGUCAGUAUUUUGGAAAGCAGCGUUCCUUCGUAUCAUCUGGAGUCUGUCCUCCUGGAGCUCUACGGUCUGAGGGAGUUUCUUGACAAAAACUCUCAGUUCAGUCCAUCGUCUCUUGGUGGAGCAAGCUUCAGUUCUCCAGCCAACCUGCAGCAACGGCUGCUGGGAUUCAUGCGUCCUGAUGGUGCCAACUCUCAGCAGGUCCAGCAGGAGCUUCAGAGGAAAUAUCACACCAAGGCUCAGGUUUAUGAGAAAGUGUCCCUGCAGAGCAUCCAGCAGUUAGUGCAUCGCUCCUACCAAACUCUGGCCCUCUGGAAGCUACUGUGUGAUCACCAGUUCACCCUCAUAAUGUCAGAAUUCCCAAAGGAAUUUCAAGAGCAGAUGAAGGGAGCAAGUUUCAAGGACGUGGUGAUCCGGGGAAAGGAGCUAUCUGGGGCGCUUAUCACAGCGCUCAUUAAUGUUUACAUCAAAGAUAACGCCUCGGUGGAUGCCAUUAGCAAUCACCUGCGGGACGUCUGCCCGCUGCUGUACAGCACUGAUGACAGUGUCUGCUCUAAGGCUAAUGAGUUGCUGCAAGGCUCUAAACAGAUCCAAAAUAAAGUUGAUAAAGAGAGAACACUGAGGGAGUCACUACGUCUCUACCAGCAAAUCAGCCAACACACAGACCUACCACUGGUUUGCUCCCAGUAUAGACAAGUGCGUUUCUAUGAGGGAGUCCUAGAGCUGUGCCUUACAGCAGCUGACAAGAAGGACCCACAGAGGCUGGGCCCCCACUUUUACAAGAACGGAGAGCCUGAGGAGGACCACACAGGACAGCAGGCCUUCCAGGAAAGACUGUCCUGUUAUAAGUGCAUCACAGACACGAUGCAGGAGCUGGUAAACCAAAGCAAAGCCGCCCCUCAGUCCCCCAGCGUCCCAAAGCAGCCAGGGCCUCCUGUCAUGACUUCUGACCCCAACAUGCUGAGUAACGAAGAGGCUACAACCCAUUUUGAGCAGAUCCUCGGUUUGGCCCAGAGGUCUCAAGACGAGCUGUUUCACAUCGCUCUGUACAACUGGCUCAUCCAGGCCGAUUUGACUGACAAGCUGUUAGAGGUGAAUUCACCAUACCUGGAGGAGCACCUCAUGCAUAUGAUCAAACAGGACCAGAGCAAAGUGCACAACAUGGACCUCCUGUGGCGCUACUACGAGAAGAACCGCAACUUCGGCAAGGCUGCUCACGUUCUGGCUCGCCUCGCUGACAUGCACAGCACAGAGAUCUCUCUCAAGCAGCGUCUGGAGUACUUGGCCCGAGCCAUCCUGUCUGCAAAGAGCUCCUCUUGCAUUUCUGCACUGGCAGCAGAUGGCGAGUUCCUCCAUGAACUGGAGGAAAAGAUGGAGCUGGUGCGUAUCCAAGUACAGAUUCAAGAGACCUUGAUCCGACAGUACUCCAAUCAUCCUUCCGUGAAAACUGCGGUCUCACAGUUGGAUUCGGAUCUCAUGGAGAUCACCAAGCUCUACGGGGAAUAUGCCGACCACUUCAAAUUGUCUGAGUGCAAGCUGGCCAUCAUUCACUGCGCGGGCCACUCUGAUCCAAUCCUCGUGCACUCUCUCUGGCAGGAAAUCAUAGAGAAAGAACUGGCAGACACAGUGGCCAUGAGUCCAGUCGACAGGAUGAGAUCCCUCAGUUUGAAACUGGUGUCGCUGGGGAGGAUCUACGCGGGAACACCAAGAUAUUUUCCACUAGAAUUUCUGGUAAAGUAUCUGGAACAGGAGGUGUGCCGCCUCAUCUGGGAUGUGGGCUUUGUCACCUCCACCAUGCAGGAGAUUGGAGUGCAGUUGCCACGUCUCCUGGAGGUCUACGACCAGCUUUUUAAAACACGGGACCCUUACUGGCAGCGUCUGAAAAAACCGCUGCACUUGGUAGAGUGUAUCCACGUGCUUCUCUCAGGAUACGUCAGUGAUCCCAGCAGAGUGCCAACAUAUGACAGACGUCGUUUCACCAAUGUGUGUUUGGACAACAUCUGCGGAUACCUGGUGGAGCUGCAGUCCCUCAGCCCCAAUGCCACCCUUCAGCAGACCAUCGGCAACUUCAAGUCUCUGCAGGCCAAACUGGAAAAACUUCACUGAUGGUACCCAAUGAUCACAAGGACCUGCCACUGGCAGCGUUGCCUUAACCAUAGGUGAUAAAUCUGUUGUGAAGAAUUUAAUGGCUGAAUUCGUUGGAGUCCUAUUCGCUAUCACAGAGUCAGCAUUAUAUCUUAUCCUGAACUUUUCUUGUUUAGUUUUCAAUCUACAGUAAAAAGAACCGGUAUGGCUUGUCAUGAGAACAUAGUGCAAGGAUAUGGCCAUCAGGAGACUGAAGAGACAGGUUUGGUUUUUAUAACUUAUUUAAUGCUUUUUUUUUUCCUAAAAUACAACCUUGACUGUAAAUAGCUUUGUCAGAUUCAGUUAAACGACUGCGAGAGAUCAGACUUACCUCUUUUCUUACUGAAUAGCAUACCUAUUGAUGAGAGAUCAGACGUGUUACAACUUUUCUUAUUGCCAAAGUACAUAAAAAUCACUUGGCAACAGCGAUUGUUGCAUUUCACACCACUCGUGUUCCAUUUUUGUACAUAAAAUAUGGUCACCCUUAUGUUGUUGAAAGAUGAAUUCUACCUAUUGUAAUGUUUGAUAUUUUUUUAACAUGUUGCUCUUCACAGGGCCCUUCUGAUAUAUUUGCUUUUGCAGGAUACCUUUUUUUUUAAAUUAAAAAAAAAAAAGUUUUGUAAAGCCACUAAGCACAAAGCCAGCCUCACUAUUGUCCUCUGUGCAACUGUCUGCAAGAGAACAGCCUUAAAAUCGCUGCAUUGUUCAUAAUGUGACACUGCAGAGGGACUCUAAUUGCGUAUAAUUGAAAUGGCACUCAGGUUUCCCAUACAGUCAUCACAAAAGAGAGCAGUUAAUUGUUUUCCCUAAUUAGCCGUUCCCUCGAGUAUGCUUGCAAUCAUGUUUUGAUUUUAGCCUCAUGGAAAUAAAGCAGUUUGGAUGUGUUUUGUUGCUUUUUAUCCAUUCAUCAAAUGGCCAGACCAGCCAGUUACUCCACAUUAAAUCCCCCCCCUUUGGAGUGAAAAAACACACAUUUGACCAUGACAAAAAAAAAUGUUAGCGUCUUUAAAAAAA